UAUACAUCCGGUGAAACGUCUGGCUAGUUGUUCUAUCUGUGGCAAUAUCGUAUUUGGAGCUAGCAAACGGAAAAAUGUUUACCAUAUUUUGUAAAUAUUUUUAUUAAUUCGACGAAAAUAAUGGAUAUGUUCAGUAAACUGACACAUCUCUUUCAACAGGCGUUGGAGACUAGGGAGCCGUCAGUAAAUUUAUUGGACUCUUUCGUGGACCACUGGAAAGGGAUAACCAAUUAUUACAUUGAAACUACUGGUCAAACGAGGCCUGUAAAGCAGACAGACAUCCCAUGGCGAUUGAAGCAGAUGCUGGAUAUCUUAGUUUACGAAGAGGCCCAACAGGGGCAGGAGGAGAUGGGCCCUUGUAUGGAGUACCUCCUACAGCACAAACUGCUGGAGACCCUCUGCACCCUAGGCAAAGCACAGGUACCACACACACAGCAGGUGAAAUGUUGUCAUGUGUGGUACGUUUUGAUAACCCUCUCUUCGACACUGAUCUCUUCGUCCUACCAGUACCCCCCAGGAAUGAACCAGCAGGUCCUGGUGUUCUUCUCCAAGAUCCUGGUACAAAUCCAAAAGCCAAUGCUUCACAUCCUCAAUGUGUAUAGGCCAGUCCAGAAGCUGGUUCGUCUGUGUGGUCUUCCGGGAUCGCAGACUGAGAAAGAGGAGGCUCAGUUUAUGUUUGUUGUUUGCUCCAGGGUGAAACAAGAUCCUUAUGUUCUCAACUACAUUUUAGAGAUUAAAAAGGAUAAUCACUCCAAGAAGUCUAUUUCUACCUCUGAGGAUACAGAAAAAGAGAGAAGUGGAGAAACUGUGUCUUCCAAUUACCCCACAGCUUCCAACCCUGCCUCCACCUCCAGUCCUCAACAGCACUCACCCACUGACUCUCCCUCAACUAUUUUCCCAGCCAAUGCAGGCCUCAUCCAUGUCUUGGUCCACUUGAGCAGAAGCCAGAAAAGCAGAGUUGCACUGAAAGCCUUUGAGAGCUUGCUGCUCCUUGUCAGCAUACCAAAGGAAGAUACUGCAGUGUGCCUGGCUGAAAGCACCCCACUGUGUCAGCUACUAGCUGAGAGGUUGUGUGAGCUCUUCAGCCAGCUCCCGGCUACGCUGGAGCCUGCAGACAUACACAGUUUCCCCCAGACCCACUGGAAUAAUGGACCUGAUGUCUUGUGCAGUGUUCCAUUCUCUCAGAGCGGUAUGCAGGAAAGCCAGUCGUUUCCUGGUAGUGAGCACAUGGAGAGCUUUUUCGCUUGGCUGGACUUCCUUGACCAUCUGAUGAGGGAGGCACCAAAGAGCCUCGCUGUGAAAUUAGCCAAAGAAAUUCACCAUUGCUGGCUUGUCGGUGUUCUACAGCAUGAGCUGCUCCAAAUGUCUGAGAUGGGCGUGCUGGUGAACACUGCGCUGCUGUGCUGCUCGGUGCGUCACAUCCAAUCCCCUGCCAUGGUGGAAGAGCUGGUCUCGUUCCUCCUAGGCAGACAAACACAGAGCGAGCAGCGCUUGGACACAGAGAGUCAUGUGCUGCGUUAUCAACUUAUAGAGCACUGUGACCACAUCUCCGAUGAGAUCAGUAUCACUACUCUGCUCCUGUUUGAAGAGCUCCUACAGAAGCCUCACGGGGACAUUCUCUUCAACCUGGUCCUGAGGAACCUGGAGAACCGCUGCUACGUGACACGCACUCUCGGGGGAGGGGAUGAUUGCAGGCAUUUCACUGACACAGAUCCCGUGGAGGAGAAUGAAGAACUAGAGGAGGACCCUUUCUUCACUGACAUGUACGGCGAGGAUGAAUUCAACAGCUCAGAGCAUCUUCUGCAUCGACCACAGCUCAUCAGAGAACAUCGCUGCAGUGGGCAAACUCAAGCAUUGGACAUUGUAAACAGUUUUCUGUGUUUGGUCCCUCAAGAAGCAAAAACCUCUCAACAUGUCCAAGGUGCCCGAUAUGAAACUUAUGUCCAUGAUGCUCAUGAGCAGUUUAAAGAGUGCACUGCAUUCUUGCUCAAUUGGGAUUGGCCGGAGUCCCGCAAACCAACCGAGUUGUCUGUAUCCAGUUCUGACUUUUUCGAAGGCCACUUCCUCAAAGUCCUGUUUGACAGAAUAGGCCGGAUCCUUGAGCAGCCCUAUGAGCUGAACCUCCAGGUGACAUCUGUGUUGUCCAGGCUGGCCGUGUUCCCUCAUCCCCACCUCCAUGAGUACCUGCUGGACCCCUACAUCAUCCUGGCCCCUGGAGCCCGCUCCCUGUUCUCUGUGCUCAUCAGGGUGAUAGGAGAACUGAUGCAGAGGAUCGAGGUGAUCCCAAACUUCACAGAGAAGCUUGUGCAUGUCCGAAGGCAGCUGAUGGGCCUGGAUGGGGAGUCUGGAGUGGAUCACAUGCCCCUGCUUAAGGGAGUGAUCAUCCUGGAGGAGUUUUGUAAGGAGCUGGCAGCCAUUGCCUUUGUCAAACUUCCUGCCAACACCACAAACUUGCAGAACACUGACACCUUGUGAAUCCUUGAACGGAACACUCAGUCAGACGGACGACACCAGUCACAGCUGCUUACUUCUGUUGGUUGCACGAGUAAACAAAGCCAUAGAUGACCGGAGGUACAAGGGCAUUAAUUGUUCUCCAAAGAUGAAGCAUUGGUACUUAGGAGAAUAGAACAUGUGUAAGAUUAAUCUCAAUUUUUAAGUUUAUUGUAAAUGCUGAAAUGUUUUGAGUUUAGCUUACAUAAUGACUAUCUUAAGCAAAUUAUCACACCUGGAAGUAAUGUAUGCAGUCGGUCAAAUCAAUGUAAAAGGUUGCGUUUCAUCUUGUAUUUGUAACAGUUGCAUAUAUAAGAUUGCUGUAGGCUAUCCCUGGUUCCUGAGAUAUUAAAACAUGUAUUAGAAUGAG